GAGCCAGAUCCUUAGACGCUAGACCCCUACAGUAAAAUAGAGGGAAGUCCAAAAUGUAAAGGCAUUGUUAUCCUUGCGCGCUUGCACCCUGGUGGAGACAGAGUGACAGAUUUAUUUCAUUACCCCGUCUCGAGUGACCUUGGCUGGGGCUUAAACUCUGUGCGCCCCUCCAGUUUCACUAUUCAGAGCUGCACUCUCCAAGUCGCAGCAGCAGCAAAGGCAUUUUGGGGACCCAAAGGGCUGUCAACAUGAGCCCAAACACAAAGACCGCUGCGUUGCUAUGAGGAGAGGGAUUGUUUCUGAAAGUCAUAUUUUCCCAGUCCCAAUGAGAACCAUGAGCACUGUGGAGGAGGAGCCGGACCACAUGAUACCAUGAAGAGAAGCCUGCAGGUCCUGCGCCGCCAGCUGCUGAGUGUCCUAGUGAUCCUGGCUGUGCCAGUGGACCUGGUGUCUUCUACCCAGGAGCUGUACCCCAGCCGGACCCCCCAGGACCCUGUCUCCAUGGCAGCACCCCACAGCAGCCCCCUUAACCCGCUCUCGGCCCUGGCCCCCCCAGACUGGCAGCAGGAGGGCUCCAGCAGCGGGGACUCUUGGUCCCCACAGGGAGGGGCAAUGCCCACGGGCAUCAUCCAGCCCACCGCAUCCCACAGCUCUUGGGGCUGGCAUCUAAACCACAACACCAGCCUGGGACACAUUGUCACACCACCCAGUAGAGACAGCCUCAUUCAAGCUGCAGCUACUGUCAGUCCUAACACUGUGAGCUCUGUGGGAGUUAACCAAGACCCUGGCCUUAGCUCUGCCAGCCCCAGCCCAGUCAAGCAGGCCCACUCCCCCAGCUCUAGUGCUCUCAACCAAGGCCACAGCUCCAGCUCUCUCAGUGCAGAACAGGGCCUUAUGCCCAACUCGUUCAGUGUAAAUAAAGCCCGUAGCCCAGAUACUGUCAGUGUUAACCAGGGCAACAGCCCUCCUAGCCCUACCAACUCUGGUGGCCCGCAUAGUGAGGUGGCUCCAGACUCUGGGUCUGCCCUGGCUCCUCCUGUGCCCAGCCCACUCACAGAGAGAGGGCAUACUCUUGACCCGGAGCUUGGUGGUCUCCCGUCCCCCACACACACGGAUGCUCCCCUGGUGGGGAAUGACGAGGAGGCCACAGACCCCAGUCAGCAGGACUUCACCACUGAGCUGCAGCCUUCCUCCCUCUCCUCCUCCUCCUCUUCCUCAGUGGAUGCUGCAUUAGAUCAGACCCUCAGGGAGCAUGUUGAAGCCACGCCCGAGCUGUCCCGACCCCACGCCAUCACCCUACGGGAGGUGCACCCCAUGGUCAACGAAAGGCCCACCAGGGAGCUCAAAACAGAGGGGCCUACCUCUCCAAAAGAAAGCCCACCAGACAAGCCCCCCUCCCCGGCCCCCACCUCUCAAUCUCCCCCCUCCCUGACCCAUGCCAGUCUGGCCCCAAAGUCCAGCCCUGUCUCCACCAAUGGUACCAUAACCAAUGACACCACAGCCCAGGAGACUGGCAGCGGCGGGGGACCCCCUCUCCCCCCUCAGGGUACAACAACAGACGAUGCCCCCCAUGGCCCACAAAGCCCACUUGGGAAUGGCACUUUUCAUAACGGCAGUGUGGAGGGCAGCCCUAGCAAGAACCCCUCCUCCCAGUGGAACAGCUCGUCCCCUACGGAGCCGCCCUCCACGGCCAGUGGGAACUUUCUGAACCGCCUGGUUCCCGCCACCACCAGGGACCCCUGGGGUCCAGGCAACGGCUCUGGCCCCGCUAUGGACUCGCCGCUGUCCCGCGCCACCAUCUGCCUGAGCAAGAUGGACAUCAUGUGGAUCGUGUUGGCUAUCAGUGUGCCUGUGACCUCAUGCUCUGUCCUGCUGACUGUGUGCUGUAUGAGGAGGAAGAAGAAGUCUUCAAGCCAGGAGAACAACCUGAGCUACUGGAACAAUGCCAUCACCAUGGACUACUUCAACAGGCACGCGGUGGAGCUGCCUCGUGAGAUCACGUCCCUAGACAACGCUGAGGAGACGUUCCUACCUCCUAAUGGAGACUACAGCGACAGCGGGGUGGUGCUGGUUAACCCUUUCUGCCAGGAGACCCUGUUCAUCAACAGAGAGAAGGCCUGUGACAUCUAGAGCGGACAGAUGCUGGUCUGGUGGCCAUGUCCUGAUACCACCAGUACAAGACUGUCAAAAAUAAAAGUCUGACUUUCAAAAUAAAUGUCCCCCUGCCCUUUUCUCCCUUUCGUUGUCAUUUUUAUACAUGUGGUUAACUUCAGAGACACCCACUUUAUACUGUAUAUUAUGAAUACAUAAACGAGACUAAGAGAAGAGCUAAAAACAGAAACUAUUUACUAUGAGGGUUUGCCUGCAUAUUUUUCUGAUGUACAUUUUCUACAAAAGCUUAAUUGUGAUAAUGGUUUUUAUGUCUUUAUAAUCUAUGGAGUAUGUGUGAUUUGCGUUAUGUUACAGUGGCUUGAUGGUGAGAGCAUUGUGGACAUGGCCACUUGAAUUCUGCUUUAGAGAAAAUACAUUAUGUAAGAACGUUAUGUUUCAUUUUCUUAAAAAUCAAACCCAAAAUACUUACUGAAAAGCCUGUUGAACUUGAAUUCUGCACCUACGUACUUGAGGGGAUACGGUGGUUUAGGGCAAGGUUUGUGAGGCCAGGUUUUAGUAGAGAGUGCCCAAAGGGUAUAGGGUUGUAUCUGAAUAGACCAAAUGGACUUUCUCCCUCGCGUGUCACCAGCCUCUCUGUUGAGGGACCACGUACAUGUCUUAACUCCCUUUGUCAAGCUGUCUGUGUGUGUGUGUGUGUGUGUGUGUGUGUGUGUGUGUGUGUGUGUGUGUGUGUGUGUGUGUGUGUGUGUG